AUGACGACGAAAUUGCAUUCAAGCCUAGCGUCAAGCGACCACACGGCUUUCGACUGUGAUGACAACAAAGAGUCACCCUUUAAAGAAAAUGAUUAUCAAUCCAACAUAAUCCCAGCAAGCACUAAAACCGAAACAGCCGUCAAGGCUGAGAUCAAGGAGGAACCUGCUGAAGACGAGGCCGCUGAGGAAUCGGAAAUGACCGAAAAACGUCUUUCACGGAGACCAAAGCAAGUUCGAGCAGAAGGUCGUCCAUCUUCAGCUCAAAAUCAAGCAUUCCCUUCGGAGCCACAGAGGAAGUCGGCGCGUCUGCUAGGGUUGGAGGCCAAGAAGGAGGAGCUGCCUCCUGAUUUUUUGAGGCCAAGUAGGACACGGGCCUCUGCAAAUGGUCAAAGCGUCUUCCGAUCUUACCAGCAGGACGACUGGGGUUCCGUUCCAAGAAACUCGACCCCGGUGCUGACCCUUGAUGACGCUGUACAUCACAACUUUGUCGACAAAGAGAAUUCGGUGCUGCUGGAGGACAUUUGCUGCAGCAUGAAAGUAAAAAAUAUGCAGAAAAAGACAGGCAUGAGGGAGGAAAAUUUGUCAUUGGAGGAAUUCAAGAAAAAGAUGAACUCCCUGACCCUGAAGGAGCACCACAAGACUAAGGUGGUGCCCAGUCGGAUAUAUUCCAUGGCAGUGUGUCCCAUGAGUUCAGGAUUUGUGGUGGCCGCAGGUUGCAAAUCGGGCGCCGUUGGUCUGUGGAAGAUUGACCCCGAGGGCAGUGAGUGGGACAAGGCCAAACAAGUUUGUUUCGACUACCACUCAAAACCCACCAACUGCAUAACCUUUGGAAUGCAAGAGCCACACCUGAUGUACACAACCAGCUACGAUGGAACCUUCCGCAGGGGCGACCUGGAGAAGCAGACCUUCACCCUGCUGUAUGAAACACCACCUAAUCGAAAGGAUAACCACACUUGUUGGCACGCUGAGAUCGAACCUGGCGUAUUUCUGCUCGGAGUGGGAGAUGGAAGUGUUGCCAGGAUUGACUCUAGGGAAGACCCUUCCACCGGCACAGAAACCUUCAGAUGUCACGACCGCUCUUUGCGGACAAUCAGUGUGCACCCUGAAACAGGCGUCCACUUUGCCACCACCUCUUCGUACAACAAGGAAGUGGCGAUCUGGGACCUGCGGAAAACAACCAAUAAUAAAUCCUUUAGUGGGAAACUGUCCAGCAUUGAAUUCACAAAGCCCCUCUCUUCAGCGUUUUUCUCUCCAGUCAAAGGCGACUCCCUGCUCACCACAUGUGCUGAUUACACGGUCUGCGUGUACAACUGCUGGGACCUGGAAAAUCCAAAACUGCAGGCCAAAGUCUCACACAACAACCACACCGGCCGCUGGAUCACCAACUUCAGGGCUGUCUGGCACCCGCAGCGAGAUGACGUAUGCAUCAUUGGCUCAAUGGACCGACCGAUUUUUGCUUAAUAACUAACGAAUUUUAUUAUGAAGAUUAAGCAAGCUGAAAAUCAUUCAGAUAUAUAAUAUUAUAUCCUAAUUUUGCACCGAAAAUUUUCAAAAACUCAUCAAAGGA